AUGGAGAGCAAGAGUGAGCAAACCAAAGAAAGUAGAAAACGAGAAAAAGGAAAACAGUGGGAAAAAGGAUAUAAGAAAGUUCAUGCAAAGGGAGAAAGAUAUGAAAUAAUUGAGCAGGCAGGGGAAAUAGAGACCGAUGAUGACGAGGUAGCUGAGGAAAACGAACAAGAUGAGGUGGAGAAGGAGAAGGAUAGUGAGGGAAGGCGAGGAGAGAAUUCGGCGAAAGAUAAAAGUGAGGAAAUACGGAAGGAGCAGGAGAUAAAAGACGCACAAGAGCUAAAUGGUAAAGAAGGUGAGGCCAAUAAGGAAGAUAAUGAAGCAAGGAGAAUAGAAAACCGAGGGACGGAUAUAAACACAGACAAGAGCAUGGACACAAGCGAGGAUGAGAGAAGCAGAGUAGGAGAGAAAUUAAAGAAACUACAGGAUAGAAUGGAGGAGAUGGAAGAGCAAAGAAGAAUUGAUGCACAAGCAGUAACAAUGGCGAAAGAAACGAUAAGACUGACAGUGGAGAAGUUGGAUCGAAAAAUGUCAGAAUUGAUAAAACAAAUGGGAGAAGAGGAGAGAGAACAUAAAGAAAAGUUGAAGGAGGAAAUAGGAAAAAUGGUUAGAAGUGGCAAAUGUAGGAGGGAGAAAGGAAAGCAGGCUAACGAGAGCGCAGAAAACAAGCGAAGCGAAAAGUAA